UCUAAACCAAGCACUCUGUCUGUUUCAUUCCCAAUCUCUAUAUCUUACGAUCAACAACCAGGCUUUCUUUGUUGUGAAUCGAAGUGUUGUGGUUUGAGAAAUCGAAGAAAAACAUCGAAGAAAUAGCAAUUCAGACGAUGAAGGAAGAGUUUGUUGAUCACUACGCCCUCUUAGGGUUACCUUCCGGUGAAGAAGGUGCGAAAUUGACAGAGAAGGAGAUCUCCAAGGCUUACAAAUUGAAAGCUCUCGAGAUACAUCCAGACAAGAGACCUGAUGAUCCAUACGCACAUGCCAACUUCCAAAAACUCAAAACAUCUUAUGAGAUUCUUAAGGAUGAGAAGGCCCGCAAGCUGUUCGAUGAUCUGCUUCGAGUCAAGCGCGACCAGUUGCACCGGCAAUCGCAGCAGGACUCUAAAAGGCGCAAGAUGGUGUCCGAUCUUGAGGCUAGAGAGCGUGCAGCCUUUGUACCUGACCAGGUAUUCGAAGCCAUACGUGAAGAGGAGAGGAUUGUUAGGAAAUUGAAAGAGGAAAUCGAUAGAAUUCGUGCCCUGAAUAGCUGUAAAGGACAGGCACCAUCGCCGGCAGUUCCUGUAAGGCCUAAUACAGUCCGAGCUGUGGUCCGGUUGGACAAGUCUAAGGUGUUGAAGGUAUCGUGGGAGUUCAAGGAGGAUUACAGUGCGGAGCGAUUGAAGGAGGUGUUUUCUGAGUUUGGGGAGGUGGAGGAUGUAGUGAUCAAGAGUUCAAAGAAGAGAGGUUCAGCACUUGUUGUGAUGAGUACAAAAGAAGCGGCUUUAGCUGCGACUGGAAGUGUAUGCGGGAGUCUUUCCAAUCCCCUGCUGGUUUUGCCUGUUCAACCACAAGCUGCGGAAGAGUUUUUAAGAAUGGAUGCGGAAAACGACCGCCUGAAUAAUCUGGUUGGUGCUGGGUUUUUGGAUUUUGAAAGAAAUAUUCUAAAGAAACUCGAGAAGGUUAGACCCUCAGUUUAACGUACGUGCUCUUGAUUUUUGUUGUUCAGUUUCAUUCAAAGUUUGUCAUUUGUUGUUUAGAUAAGUUAAUGCUGUUAAUAAUAUGCUUUACAUUGAUACA